AUGCCAUCCGUCGAUGGGGUUGAGCAUCUGUCCUGCUCGCUGAGACCACCCACAUUGGAUGAUAUUCAGAGUGCGUUUGUUGAGACGUCCGUCUCGGAUACUAUUGACAACAACGAUGAAACCCAGGCGAGUACUUUAGACCAGCCCGCGAACGGAGAUUGCACUGCUUGUCCGGGGAUAAACAGCAUCGACAGUAUGGAGCGCGGCGAAAGUGUGGAAGAAAUUUUUAGAGCGUCACUAAAUUUCGACCGAUCUAGUUCUUUUUGCUUUUCAGGAAGUCUACCAUUAUUUGGUGCCUCUCUUUAUCCGAAUGUUGCGCGGAUUGAAGAUGCUGAUGGAAUAUCGACAACAGCACAACUUGAACAAGGAAAACGAGAGCAGUCGGAAAAUAUCAGAGUGGAAUCAACCUAUGCUGAAGCCUCGCUGAACACUCUCACUGAGGAAGCAGUUGUACUCGGCUCGGCUAGAAUGUCCGAUGAUCCCUGGGACGAAAUGACCGUCGAAGACAGAGAAAUUCUUGCCAUGAAGAGGGCAGCUUACGCCGGAGAAAGGAGCGAUCCACUGGUGGCACAGAACAUCAAGAAGCAUGGACAAGAAGCGACAGUCGUCGCUAUAUCGGAGUAUGACGUGCAUCCGAAUGAAAUUGUCCAAGAUGCCGUUAGAGCGGAACUGGUUGGACAGGACUUCACCAGGACAGUCAGCAAUGCAAUGGACAACGAAAACGUGGAAAGUACAGAAGCGGAUGAAUUCACAGUCAGUGCAGUCUUUUCAGCAUUGAGAACGGUCGACAAUGAAGCUACCGAGGCAACUGUGAUUGACAGUGCCCCCCUCGCUUCGGAAGAAGAUAUCCCUUCAUGGAAGCACACGGAAGAAGCCCAGGUUCUCGUUCUGGAUACGUCCUUGCCUUUGAUUGACGUUAAACCAGCAGCUGUUGACUUCUCCGAGUACAGCAACAGUGGAAUAGAGCCUAUCGCCGACCAAGAAGCGGAAGUUCUUGGGAUUCAGGAAGAGAUACAUCCGUCCGAGGUUUCAGAGAACGAAACGGAAGCUGAGCUCGUGGGAACGGACCACAAUUUUGCCUUCACGCUGGCUAAUGAGUCACAUCUUGACCGUAAUACAGCAAGAAGCGACGAGCCAAAUGAAUUGCGGCAAGUAGAUUUUGUAGUUGAGACUGUAGAUGGCGGUUCUGACGGUGAAGAGCCUAUUAGUUUUGGUAAUGUUCGCGCAGCUCUUCUGGUUCCAACUAUUUUGAACGCUGAAACCGUCGAUUCCAUUCCAACGGUAGCACCUUUCACACGCUCACUGUCUAUGGAAGGCACAGAUACUUCCUUUAGAGAUGAUACAUCGGCACAGACGGGGAAUGGGUCCGCGUUCCCGUUGCCUCUCCCACCUCCUAGACAAACUGCUGAACCCAGUACCAGAAAUUCUUCUGUUGGGGAAGAAGACAACUCACGUCCUGAUUGGCUUCGAGAUUCUCCUGAGCAGCUUCCUUUGGGGAGCGAAACGGUACAAAGAGAAGCUUCGAACGCCAGUGGCAGAAGUGCCGGCAGUACAGGGAAUCAGAUAGUCCAGAGGACGUCCUCACAACUACAAGUGGUAAUCAUAGCUCGCGGUACUAACAAGGCCUUUGAGGCCUUGUUCGGUGAUGCAAAACCUCCGUUUGUCAGUCGAAGGCGUCUUGCUGAUGGGGAAGCUGCGAGGUACAUCGUUUCCCGGACACUUCUUCCCGCUUCCGUUAUCUUCAGCCAGCCCACAAAAAUGACGAAUCAAAAGGCUCUGGAUAGUAACGAUGUCAUGGAGGCGUCUAAAUCUUUGCGGGCUUUUAGUUUGCCGUCCGAACGCCAGGCAAAAUGUUUGGCCCAAGCUUGGACGCCUCCGCGGAUGGAGCCGUUCGCCAACCACCCACUCUUUCGUCUUGCUCUUUUGGAGGGUGACCAGGACAAGGCAGUUGCUCUUUACGCUACUGGGAACAUCAACAUCGUGUGCCCUUUUGGAAACGUCAAAGGAGAGUUGUUCUACCCUGUUCACGCAUGCGUUCUCGGUGAGUCACUUUCGAUCUUGCGAUGGUUAGUCGACGAGAAUUGCUGCCCCAUAAAAUCCGUUCGAGUCAAUGGAAGGACGAAGGAUGGAAUCUGUAACUAUACGGCAAUUGUGACAUCAAAGGGCCGGUCGUUGCUGGGAAUCGCAAUGGAAAACAACUUGAUACCAAUCGUUCGAUAUCUGGUUGUAGAGAAGGGCCUCUCUUUGGCAGAGGAGAAGUCCCUAACCCGCGAAACGCUUGUCCAAAACCUUCAGCUUGCUCUAAGGGCCAUACCAAACGCCACAACAUCAACCGAGGCCAUCGAAAUGGAUGUGUCGGAAGCAUUGUAUCACGACGCCACAGUCAAUGACAGCGCCGAGGCGGAUUUGGGGGACACGACGAGCCCGCUUUCUUCAGAGUAUCAAAACGUUGUACCAGUGCCUAUUCCUGACCGCGAACAGGGUAGCGAGAGAGAUUUGCCAGGUGGGCGUACUCUAAGUGAAGAAGCUCGCAAUUUCGGAGCAAUUAGCCGACCCGGUAGAGGUUCUUUUUCGUACGAUGGUCGGCAGGAUGAAAAUGAAUUUGCGUGGCUACCCCUUGCGGUCAUCAAGUCUGUUGUCUGGACUGCAGCGAGCACUUGUCCCGUUGUCCAGUUUGCGCCAUGCCGACCUCCUUCAUGCGAGUAUUUAAAGUAUGAAAAGAAGAAAUUAAGACCGAAGAUUUUUAUGGUAGUGUAUGAGCUUGUCUUUUGGUCUAGUAGUAAGUAG